AUGCAUAGCUACGGACAGCCACCAGGGUAUCAGAGGCCCGCGAGCACAUCGAGCUUUGCGGGGCAGCAGGCCGCUCCACCACCUGUACCGCCGCCGCCGCCGGGUUAUGGAGCGUCGCAAGGAUAUCAAUCUGCUGCUCCCCAAGCACAGAACCAAUGGGCUGCGCAGACGCCAACUCAGACGUCGACUCCACAAUGGUCGCAACCGCAGCAAGCAGCGGGAGGCUACCACCCGAGCACAUAUGGAGUAAUGUCCGGAGCGUAUACCCAAGGGCAGCAGGCUUCGAACCAACCCUCGUAUCCACCACAACAGUACGAUAAACCACCUCCCCCGCCGCCCAAACCGUACGGCUUCUCAGGGGCAGUCCAACAUCAGCAGCGACUACAGCAACAUCAAAACACACAGGAUUGGUCUCAGCAAGCGCAGCAGAAUACGGGCUUUACACCUCAGGCUCAGCAGGGAGGAUAUCCAGUGCAAGGAACACCUCAACAGCCUUACAGUAAUGCAGCUCCUCCGCCUCCCUCAGCUACACCUGGGGGGUCAUAUUUCCCUCCCAGCCAAGGGGGUCGACCAGGCUCGGUGUAUGGCGCGAGUCAAGUUGGCGCGUACCCGAAUCCUUCAUCCACCGGACCACAGCAACCCUCCUCAGUCGUGAGUCCGAACGAGCAACAACCAGCAUACAUACCACCUUCCUUGAGUGGUCAAGGUGUACAAGCAUAUAUGCCCUCGAAUACGAACCCGGCACCUGGAAUCUAUGUGCCUCCUCCACCAGACGUCCCUGCAUGGCAGCAGGCACAGCACGCCCCGCUUCAGGGAGGCGUGAAGAAGUUCAGAUAUACGAAACCGACCGUAGACCCGAGCUUUUACGCUCAAGGGUAUCAGGGCAUACAACCCAUGCAGCAGCAACCAUCUCAGCCUCAAGCACAAUUUGGUCAGCCGGCUACUCAACCUCAACAUCCCCAGCAGCCGUACGCACAACCUGGGCAGAACCAGUUCGGAUCGCAAGGGCAGACGCAACAGCCGAUGCAAGGUCAAUACUCUCAACAGCAGCAGCAACCCUUUGGACAGCCAGUACAACCACAAGGUCAAUUCCAGCAACAGCCUACACAGCAAUCGCAGUACAACCAGACUCCGCAAGGGCAACAUGUUCAACAACCUACACAGUACCCCCAACAACAGAGUCAAUGGCAAUCGCCGGCGCCCGUAGAUCAAGGUAUCAACGUACAUCAGAAAGACACCCAAACGCCGUAUGGGGGUCAGCAACCCACCCAACAGCCGCAGUGGCAGCCCGGACAUCAAGCCCAUGGUUCAAUGCCAGGACAGCAGUAUUCUCAAGUCCAAGAUCAAAGCAUUCAAGCCCCAAAGCCUCUCAGUCGCACUGACACGGCUUCAUCAACGUUCUACGAAUCUAGUCCUCAAAGUCAGCCCGUCUCCCCCAUAAACAACCGUCAAAGCAUGAGCUUCGCUUCUGGACAGCCAGCAGGCACUGGACGUACAGGUUCUGUCAGCUCCAUUGCUUUGGCUAACCUGCACUCGCAGCGAGCGGACAAUAGGACGAGUUCACCUAGGCCAGCUCCGCCAAAACUUCCCACGCCGCCUCCUCCCCGUGACGAUAAAUCAAAGUUUAGUGCUUUGGGUGCUGGUGGUCCAUCUGACUGGGAGCGUUUCGGUGAAGGUGACGAGGUCGAUGACGAGGAACUUUUUGUGAAGAAGGAUGAGACGCAAAACGAGCCCACUAAGUCUGAUAGCGUCGAGCUGCCAGCUCACGUCCCUUCACCUCCUUCGACUCAUGGUUGGCCUAGUCCAGCUACACAACCAGUGCUGAGUUUGGGCGACAGGAAUGACACCUACGCACCUACUCCGCCACUUCCCACAGUUAGUCCCGCUCCACACGAUCCCUCGCAACCUCCACAGCAGAGCUUUGUAAUGGGGGAUGCGCCUGUAAUGCCUUCAAAAACGUCACCAAAACCGAUGCAAAGCACUCAGCCGCCUCCUAUCCACCAGAGCUUUGUCAUGGAUGACGGUGGUUGGGCUGCACCGAAACAGAGUACCCCGGCACAACAGGAGUCUCAACAGGGGUUCGUUAUGGAUGACGGAGGCUGGGCAACUGAGUCGGCCCCUUCGCAAGUGCGACAACAUACGCCUGCCCAACAGCACCAACAACCACCUCCAGUACAAACAGGGUUCAUUGUGAGCGAUGGUGGAUGGGCUGCAUCUCAACAAACGCCGACCCAAGCCUCAGGUUCCUGGGGAGCUCAAUCGAGCAAAAACCAUGCUACGGAGUUGAAGGCAAGGGACGAGGCAUUUGAGCGCCUUCGAACGGACUCUGAAAAGGAAAAGGCGGAUCUGCGAGCUGAGAUCAAGAGGGAAACCACAGAGAUCCGUUCUGAGAUGGAGAGGGAAAGGGCAAAUCUAAGUGCUGAGAUUGAGAAGCUCAAAGCCGAUGUCGAGACUGCUGGAAAUCAUGCGGCUACUGAGGUUAACAUCUUACAAAAACAAAUUGAAGUGAUGAACGCUGCGACAGAGCAAGCAAAGACUAAGGCCGAUGCUUCGAUCAAGGAAAAGGACAUGACGAUUGAAAGACUGGAGGAAGACGUGGAAGGUAAAGAGCAUAAUAUCGAAGAGCGAGAUGAUAUCAUAUCAGAAUUAAGGCGUCAACUCGAGGCAGAGAAGACGAAGGAAAUGCCGAAGCCUACACCUGCAGAUUUGAUCCCAGACAUUGAUCCUUGGUACGCCGGUUCGCUGGAGAGGUACAUCGCCAUGCUUCGUGGAGAAGCACGCGAGACGGAGAUUGAGAACAAAAUCAGGACAUUCAAAGCCUUUUUGAGGGCUGAGUCAGGUGUCAGAGGCAUCGAGUACUACGAUGCUCCACCUCUAGCACCAGUGCAACAACCUCCAACAUCUCACCAGCCUGAGCAAUACGAUCUUCCCCGGGACCCUCAGAAUAGUUCCACUCGCAACCACAACUUGAACAUUCACGUACCGCAAGACUUACCAGACGAGGAAGAAUACGACUAUAGUCCUGGGGGACGACCUAUGCUUAAGCAGAAUACACUUGCAUCAACCGAGAGUGUUCAGCAACACUUCAACCCUCCUGGACAGUCAACCACAAUCCUUACCCCUACGAGUUCUGUCGAUGAUGGUUCGAACAAGACGCCGGUUCAGUCGCCGCCAGAAGACCAACCACAGCGGCAGUACAAAGCUUAUGUGCCGCCUGCUGCGGCUCUUCCGAAAGACUCCGCUCCGCUGGCUCAUAGAUCAACGAUGUCGUUCUCGAACGUCUCUGCUAUAGCUACACCGACAGGUCCCAGUAAGAGUCAUGAUGAGAUUUUCUUCGAAUCAGAGGCGUCGAAGGCCGCAAGCAGGCCAACCAGUACUGAUAGUACUGAUAGCACAGCGGCUGAUGUUCCAAUACCCGCCCCUCUAAGCUUCUCGUCAAACCGCCCAGUCUCGACAGGGGGGCUAUCGAGGGCAACUCCGAUCAAUAGACUGGUAGAUCUACUACCUACUCGGACUGCACCUGCUGGACCCAACGACUCUAUAGAAAAGCUCCAGACACAGAUCGCAAGCAUCAAGCCUGACCCAAAUGACCUUGAAGGCCUCACGAAGACCUGGGAGAAAUCCGCUUCUUUAUCCCGCAGAAAAAAGGACGAUGCACGCCGUAAGCGCCAAGAAGAGAACGAAGAGCACAACGACGACUUGUUCAACAGCGAUGAGAUCUCGUAUGCUGAGAUGAAUCAACUCGAGGAUGAAUUCAAGCAGAAAGAAGGCGAGCUGAAGGCACAGGAAGACCGUGAUGAGUACAAGAGCUAUGUAGAAGCAGUAUUUGACCCAGUCUAUGACGGCCUACAGACAGAUAUCAAACCCCUUACGGAUCUUUAUGCCGAGGCUGAACAUUUACUUCAGUCUUCUGUAUCUGGGGUAAAGAGCUUAGAAGGUGGUGACACACCGAGUACAAAGGACUGCCUCGAGUUGCUCAAAGGUUUGCACGAACAGAUCGAAAAAAGGCAUGAGGGAGUUGUUCGUGUUGUGGCAGAACGAGAUAAGCGCUACAAGAAGACACAGAUCCAGCCACUUUACGCAGCUGGCGAUAUCGCGAAGAUGAAGUCAGUUGAACGUCACUUCGAAGAUGCAGAGAAACAAUCUGAGCUGCGGGCCAAGCGCGAAAAAGCAGAGCGCAUAGGUCAGCUCGUCAACAUCGCCGAAGACAUCAUGGUUCGCACCGUAGGCGUCGAGCGAAGUGAAAUCGACCGCAUCAUCGCAGCUAUUAAGGAAUUAGACGAUGGAAAAGGUGACGAAGCGUUACUCAGCCGCGCAUACAGCACCGUUUUAUCCCUAAAAUCUUCUUCCAAAACCCUACUUAGUAUAUUCAACUCGCUGGAAAUUCAACUGAACGACUCUGUCCUGGACGCUGAGAUCGCGGAAGCUAAAGCUGGGGGAGGUGACGCUAUAAAGAUACAGGAGCUGGAGAAUGAGAAGAUGGCGGGAAUGAAGAAGUUGACGGACGAAUUCGAGAGGAGGGUUGGGGUGUUGCAGCAAGAUGAAGAGGAGAUUGCAGAGUUGGUGCAGCGCAAGGGUGGGAAAGUGGAAUUGAGUGAGGAGCAGGAGAAGAAUAGGCGGUUGAAAGCCGCACUUGAAGAGGCAAAGAGGAGGAAUGGGCAUGCCUAA